GUUUCGUGAUCGGGAUCGAGGAGGAAGAACGCCCGCAUCGCACGGGUCAGGUCAUAAAAAAGUGCUCGCCCGUUCCGUCGUGCGGUCCUCUUACAUCUUCGCAUCGCAUUAAAAUUUCGUUUAGAUGACGUAGUUUUAUUUUCAUAAAAUUCGUUAUGUCUUCGCUUUUAUCAAAUCGCUUGUGUUGUGCUCUCUCGGAUCUCGUUGCGAUUAGUGUGCAGUGAAGUGAUUGCAAGAACGCUAUCCUUGGAAGGAAAGGAAUGAUGAAGAAGCUUGAUGAAGCAUACCACCAGCGUUUCUCGAUGGGGCUGCCGCUUCUUGGGUGGUCCGUUUAGUUGAUAUUAGUGCAGAUCUGGCAGAAAGAAGAAAAAGUGGAUAUUGUCGAUCCUAGUUCGACCGGAUGUGUUGUGGAUGUCCCAGGGACGAAGUGAAUUUGCCAUUUCGAGAAUAAGCCAUCUCCAGUGAAUCCCUGCAAGUUCCAAGAAAUGCAUCCAUUUUCCUGCACUGGUGGACCAUAAAGUGAAUGAAUGUGCCAUUGAGGGUGAAAGACUUCCUCUGAGAAUGUGCCACCAGUGCGAAUUACGAUUGUCUGUUUGCCAGUUGUUGAUUGAUCCGAAUGAGCAAAAUUAUAAUUGGCGUGGGCGAUUCACGAAUUAAACAAUGCUCACUCUCGAUGCGCUGCUCAUAGCCUUAAACGAGCGCUCGUGUUCCGGUAAUUAGUCAAUUAAUAUGCACAUCAGGAGCUCUGUGUGGUGGAAAUAGUUACCGUGCCGUAAUAGAAUUAGCAGCUGUCGUAUAUCACCAGCACCACCGGAUCGGAAUCGCAGUUGUGGAACGUUAGGAGCAAAACUAUUAGAUUUGACUAUGCAUUUGGUGAUCAGUUCGUUUUGUAGUGCAUUUUAAAGGAAAGAUCGGACGAAUCUCUGUAUUGUUCAAGUGUCUCUAGUUGAACUGAGUGCAUAACCCGGGAGGAGUCAGGGAUAAUCUGCUGGAAGGAAUUACCAGAUCUGGAAAAGACACGAUCAUUCAUGCUUGCUGUAAAAUGGGAGCCCAAUCACUGUUGUCGUCGGUGACCCUGCUGGUUCUGUUUGGAAUCACUGCCAACGCGAAAGAAUUCACCCCGUCCACGAAUCUCAUCACACCUGUGGACUCGCCCCGACUCGAGGCCAUCAAUGGAACCCGAAAUUUCCGCAUGCACGGUAAGAAAGGCAAGGAUGACAAAACCUGGUUCGAUGGCCGCGAGAUGCGUUACAUCUACUGCGUGCGACCGGCCAAGUGCGAACCGAUUCGGCACAAGUCCUGUCUGGGCUCCUCACUGCCGUACUCCUCCAUCAGUCUGGAUCUGACCGAUUCCUUCAGCCAGGAGCAAACCCACGAUAAACUGUACCAGUACAAUGCGUUGCGUCACGUCCCGAAGUGCUGGGCCGUUAUUCAGCCAUUUUUGUGCGCCGUGUUCACACCCAAGUGCGAAAAGAUCAACGGUCGCGACAUGGUCUACCUUCCGUCGCUGGAGAUGUGCAAGAUCACGCUGGAACCGUGUCGGAUACUGUACAACACCAGCUACUUUCCGGAGUUCCUGAAGUGUAACGAAACGCUGUAUCCCUCGAAGUGCAACAACGACGUACGGGAGGAGAUGAAGUUCAACGCUACCGGGCAGUGUCUCAAACCGCUGGUCGCGGCGGAGUCGCCGGCGAAUUACUAUAAAGACAUCGACGGAUGCGGUCUGCAGUGCAAGGAUCCGCUCUACACCGAUCACGAGCAUCGACAGAUCCACAAGCUGAUUGCGUGGGGUGCCGGCGUGUGCUUGACGUUCAACUUGUUCACGAUCGCCACGUUUGUGAUCGAUUGGCACAAUGCGAACAAGUACCCGGCGUUGGUGAUUUUCUACAUUAACUUUUGCUUCAUGGUUUCGUGCAUGGGUUGGCUAGCUCAAUUCACGCCCGGAGGUCGAGAGGAUAUCGUCUGCCGAAAGGAUGGAACCUUGCGCAUUUCGGAACCCAGUGCCGGUGAGAAUCUGUCAUGUAUUGUCGUGUUUAUUCUGGUGUACUAUUUCUUGAUUGCGGCCAUGGUUUGGUUCGUCAUUUUUACGUACGUAUGGCAUAUGAGUUUCAAAGCUAUUGGUAAAAUUCAGGAUCGAAUAGAUAAGAAAGGAUCUUAUUUCCAUUUAAUUGCUUGGUCACUGCCUCUAGUGUUGACGAUAACGAUCAUGGCUCUGAGCGAGAUCGAUGGUAACAGCACGGUGGGAAUAUGCUUCGUGGGGUAUUUGAAUCACCCGAUCAGGGCGGGAUUCCUUUUGGGUCCGGUGGUAUGUGUACUUUUCAUCGGAGGUUAUUUUCUGGGACGAGGAUUGCUAACACUGAUAAAGCUAAAGAUUUCCAGUAAAGAAAUAAUUUCGGCUCGUGCAAGUAAGAAAAUCAGACAGACGAUCGUACGAAUGGGAAUUUGUACGAUGUUCACGUUCGUCUUCAUUGUUUCGACUAUCUUCUGUCAUAUCCACGAGUUCAAAAACACUGAAAGUUGGACGAUUGCAUUGAAGAACUACAUAAUUUGUCAGAUAUCGUCGACUUAUACGGAUGUGACGAGCACUUGUAAGCUUCAUAGCCGCCCAAGUGUGGCCGUGCUUCAGAUUCAUCUUAUUUGCUUGUUUGCGUCCGGAAUCGUGAUGUCCUCGUGGGUCUGGACCAACUCCACUCUGGAAACGUGGGGUCGGUAUUUUCGGAGGCGCUUCCGACCAGACGUCGAGGAACCCGUGAAGCUGCAGAAGCAUAAGGUUAUUGCUCAGGCGUUUGCGAAGCGGAAGGAGUUUCAGAACCAGGGACGACUCUCGAUUUCCUUCCACAACUCCCACACCGAUCCCGUUGGCUUGAAGUUCGAUAUCAAUUCGGCCAUCGGGAGUCACGAUUUCAGCUCGACAUGGGCGAAUAACCUGCCCAGGUUUGUUAACAGGCGUUAUGCAUUGACGGGAGCUGCUACGAGUUCGAGUCAUGAUCCGAGAAAGAAUUCUGUAGACUCGGAGAUAAGCUUCAGCGUGCGUCAUGUUUCGGUGGAGUCCAGAAGGAACUCGAUAGAUUCUCAGGUUUCGGUAAAGAUAGCCGAGAUGAAGACCAAGGUCGCAAGCAGGAGUCGCAGUGGAGUUAGUAGCAGCAAGCAUCAUCAUAAGAAUCGCCAACAGAGGCGGCGAGACUUCACUGCUUCCGGCAGAAGAUACAGUCGAAAAGAAAGUAGCACUUCGGUAGAAUCUCAAAUAAUAACGGCAAUCCAGAAGGGCAGACAUUCCUCUAGUGGAAACAGUCAAUUUUUCGGGGCUAACAAUAUGCAACGGAGAACUGGUAUCGGUGGUAUGGAUGCUGACCAACUCAACGAUUUUAUUUCCAACGGAAAACUAUUGCUUCCAUUCCUGCAUCAGCCCGGCUUGACGACUUCAGAAGACGAUAACGUCUCAAAUGCAUCAUUCAAGGUUCAGGAUUCAAAGUUCGAUGUAAUUCUGAAGCAUAUCGGAAGUGCGGGGACAUCGAGCCGGGUUGAUUCACAUAACGCAGGCUGCCAAAUCGAAGAAUACCAUUCCAGUGACGACGAUGAAAAGCUAAGCUUGAAGCAAGCCAGCAGAGACGAAUUCUCCACGAUGAAAGAUGGCAUGAAGAGCAGUAAGGAAGGUGGACGAGGCAGUAAAAACAGUUCCAAAAGUGUUCGCAGUAAGAAAUCAUCAUCCCGCCAGGGUACCAUUAGAAAGUCCCAAAAGCAUUCACGAGCCAGUCAGAAAAGCCAGCGGAAUGAAAAGAAGGAAAAAGCUCGGGAACGAGAACGCGAAAAGGAACGAGAGAAAGAGCGGGAAAAAGAGCUGCAACUCAUCGAGCGAAACAACAUUACCGAUUUCAACGAUUCCUCCUUCACUUCAUACUGCUCGGAACUGUCCCCUCUCAAUGUGAACAGUUCCUACUCGGGAAUCUCACUCGCCAAAACGAACUCUCGUAAUUCCAAACGUAGCUGCGAUGUUGGAAUUCAGGCGAAUGCUUACGAAAUCGCCACCCAAACCAUGUCUUCGUUCGAGUUCAACGAAAAAGCGCUGAAAAAUGAAGAGAACGAAGACAUCUACACAGAAAACCACCAGCUGCUAGGGCCCAAAUUGGUACCCCAAGUAGUGCAAGCCCCACGCAAGCGUGACCUCGCGGACGUAAGCUUAACCGAGGCGGAGAAACUCAAACAGUUGCUACUUCCCUCAAAGUGAUACAAUCACGUUCGCCUGAAAUACUCAUCCAUAAUCGAAUACUGUCCUAAAAUAAUGUGUCAUUUUAACUACUAUGUAUACAAACUUAGAAACUAGGACUAUUACCAGAGUGGAUAUAACAGUUUUCUGUCUUUUAGUAUAUAGAUAUUAAGUUCCGGGAUCUCUGCGAGAUUCUCGAAUCAACACAAUUUUACAAACAAAACGAUAGGUGCCUUUUUGCAUGAUCAAAAUUAAAGCACUGCAACGAAAAUCAAAGAGCAGCAUUUAUAACCGAUUGAUGGAAACCCCACCAACAGUGUGUCUUCUAAGCAAAUGUCAGGACACAAACGCAGAGACAAUCUUCGAACAAUAAAGGUUAAGACUGAUUUUAACGCAAAACAAUGAACAUAGUACAGUACUCAAACACCGGAGAAUCGGACCAAACCGAAUUAUACACUCGAUUAGAAUAGAGAAUGCGAUGCUAUUUUUGUACGCAAACGUUUUACUUUGUCCAUAUGAGCCAUUUUGGGCUCAACAAAACUGCUUAACCAUAAAAGCGCGCAUUUAUCGAAAAUCAUGAAUAUUUAUGGAUACUCUAAUAACGAUGGUAGUUUAACGUGUGUAAAAAUCUAACAUGCUGUAGAGUAGAAUAUAUGUCGGAUUUUAUAUGUA